UGAAAAGCAGAGAGAGGAGGGGAAGUUUCUUCAAAUCAGCCACAUGGUUCUUAGGAGGUGUCUUUCGGAGUAUGUCCUCUGGCCUAAGCCAGUGAAACUUAAUGCCCUGUCUUUGCCUGGACACCUUUUGAAAACACAUUGGGCUUAUGGAACAUCUGAAGUUUCCCAUCUUUGACAGCACAAAGAGCAGGUCAGACUCCAGGGCGAAGGUCUCUGUUCCUCUAGCGAGCUCUCCUUCCUGUGUCACCGCGAUUGUCCUUCUCUGCCUCGCGAUGGUAGGGAUGGUGUGAGGCGUCGGAGAGACGUACAGUUGAGAGUACUGAGCGAACAUUAAAUAGAAUUGAGUUGACACUUGCUGAUUUUUAGUCAAUUAUUUUCAACUUUUGAUCGCGUGCUGUGUGCCUGUUUGGGGACUGUGCCCAUGAGUGCGGAUGCCUGUGGAAGCCCUAGCUUGGGUUACAGGUGGUCUGCGCCCCUGAUGUGGGUGCGGGGAAUCAGCUUGGUUCAUACAUGUUCAUACAUGUAAAACAGCAUGCUUAAAGAAUAAGUAUGGGCUAAAAGGGAACAUUUUUUACAGAUACACACAAAGAAAAUGUUGGGCAGGAUAAAUAAAGGAGCAGCUGUCGUUCUCUGCAGAGCGCAGCAGCGUAAACUAAACGACGUGUUGGAAGUAGGACAGGGUGCCGUAAGCAGAAAGAGUCGUCUUUUGUCUGUGUUUUCUUCACUGCCGGGCAGGUGCUAAGGACUUGAUUCCCAAAUCCUAGAACACUGCAUCUUUCUUUGGAAAGCUCACAUUGCUUCGUGUCUUCUCUUCCCUUCUCACACCUGAAGGGUGGGAAAUCUGCACUUAAUUCUUUGUAACCAGAGUUCAAAGUCAUUGUCUUUUGUUUGUUUCCUGGAUCUUCCUAAAGUUAAGAGUUAGGCUAGGCAUGGUGGUUGAUUCCCUUAACCCCAGCACUCAGGAGGCAGAGGCAGGUGGAUCUCUGAGUUCGAGGUCAGCCUGGUCUACAGAGUGAACUGCUGGACAGUCAGGGCUACACAGAGAAACCCUGCUCAAAAAAAAGAAAGAGAGAGAGAAAGAGAGAGGGAAAAAGAGUCAAUCUUUUCACUACUCUGCAGUGUCUAUAUGAUGGCUGUCGGGUGGGGCUAAAACUUCAUAUUGCAAUUGUUGUAUAAAUGACCCACAGUCACUGACUUUCCAGGACGUUGUCUUUGUAGCUCCCUGGGCCAUGCCAAGUCAUUCAUGCUGCUGAUUUUCUAGCACAGCCCAGCUGAAUUCUGCAUGUCAGCUCUGCUCAGAGGCUCCGCAUGCUCACCCGAAUCCUGAGGAGACAGCACAGAGGACAUGUCUGCUGACGGGGGUUUCUGCCGGAAGCCACAGACACUGGAAGCAGAGGAGCAGUAUGGAUUGUGUGAGAGAUUGGUGUCCUUUGAGGAUGUGACUGUGGACUUCAGCCGGGAGGAGUGGCAGCACCUGGACCCCGCCCAGCGACGCCUGUACCAGGACGUGAUGCUGGAGAUCUACAGCCACCUCUUGGCAGUGGUUAACCAGUACAGAGCUCAUUGGAUGCCCUCUAAGACCUACGAAGAUGCAACAAAUCCAGAAUCCUUGCAAUUCACAGGGUAUCCCAGGCCAAAGGCCAUCCUCAGGAUGAAGAACGUUGAUUUCCCACAUCAGAGGUGUCAGUGUCAAGGGCAAUCAGAGCAUGACUCGGCUCAUCACAUUUGUGCGAAAGCUGCAUUUCCAAAUGAUUUCUCAAAAGAAAUCACUACACGUGGUUCAUACUGUUCCGUUAUAGAGGAGCUCUGGCAGGAUGGGGACCCUGCGAGGACAGAUCAGCCAAACCAGAUCCCACUCUUAAGUUCUGCUGCUUCCUUCACCCAGAAACCACCGAUGAGUGACGAGACUUACGAGUGUGAGGCGACUGGGGGGUCCGUUCCUGUAGAUCUCCAUCGCAUUUCUACACAAGAGAGAUUUCCAAAAUGCUGCUCAUCUGAAAAACCUUUACAGCCUAACCCCAACCUUCAAGCACAUAGUGGACAUGAAAGCAGUGCCGCCAGGCAGCCUGGUGGCGUUGUUGGAUCCUGUCGGUUCUUCACACGGAGCCCGUGUAAUGCUUCCUGUGCAGCUCCUAACGGAGAAGAGAAAGCAUGGAAAGGAAAGGUUCUCAGCCCUAAGCAACCACUUAGGAAGCAUGAAAUUCUUUCUCAGAAUGAGCCAGUUGAAUAUACCAAAUGUGGGGAGGACUUCCCUGCUAGGCCAGCUUCGUGCCCGCAGCAAAUGACUAACACUGGACGGACACCUCUUAUUUGUCACAGAUGUGGGAAGUCCUUCCUUCCAAAAUCCGAGUUGAGCUCUGGCCCAGGAACGAACCGAGGAGAGACACCUUCUGAAUGUCCUGACUGUCUGAAACCACUCACAAGGACUCCCGACCUGCAGGUGCAUGAGGAAGUCCACACAAAGGAGAAGCCUUACAGAUGCCAUGAGUGUGGGAAAUCGUUCAACUAUGCAUCCCACCUAAAGGUGCACCUUCGCAUACACACAGGCGAGAGGCCGUAUGUGUGUUCUGACUGUGGGAAGGCCUUCAGCCAAAAGUCAGUCCUCACCACACACCUGAGAAUUCACACUGGGGAGAAGCCUUACACGUGCAGCCACUGUGGGAAAUUGUUUGUUUAUGCAUCAGAUCUGAAGAAGCAUAGUCGGUUUCACACAGGGGAGAAGCCUUAUGAAUGCCCCGACUGUGGGAAGUUGUUCAGUAAUAAAUCCCACCUGCCUGUGCAUCAUCGAAUCCACACGGGCGAGAAACCGUACAAAUGCUGUGACUGCGGGAAGUCCUUCAGAAGGAAAUCCCACCUGAAAGUGCAUAAUCGGACACACACUGGCGAGAAACCUUACAUAUGCUCCGACUGUGGGAAGGCCUUCAGCCACAGCUCAGUUCUCAGCACACAUCAGAGAAUCCACACUGGGGAGAGGCCUUACACGUGCAGUGACUGUGGGAAAGCCAUGACAUCUAAAGCCCAGCUGAACGAGCACCAGAGAAUCCACACGGGUGAGAAGCCGUAUGUGUGCGCUGACUGCGGGAAGGCUUUCAGCGGCAGGUCUUCCUUACAGGCGCAUCGGAGAACUCACAGGAGGGAAAAGCCCUUUCUCUGUCACCAGUGUGGGAAAGGCUUCCUGCGCAGGUCACAGCUGUCAUCUCACCAACAGACUCACACUGCUGAGACUCCGUAGUGCUGUGUGUGUGUGUGUGUGUGUGUGUGUGUGUGCGCUUGUGUGCGUGUGUGUGUGCGCGUGUGUGUGCAGUUGUUCUGUCUCCAUGCCAGCCAAAGGCCAUCAUCACACGGAAAUGGAAAAAAACAUUGCCAGUGAUGGGCUAGGAAAGUUCUCAACAACUGAGGUCCGUCUGUUUCACAUUGUGCAGAGACCUGAAAUGGGUUUGAGUGCACAAAGUCCUUCAAACGUAAGUCAGGUUUCAGUAGACCCAGGGACUCCUACCUCACACUGUUCUUACAGACGAUGUGGUCUUGUGGAAGGCUUUCCCACCAAGUCAAAUCCUUUUCCAUGGUUGGUUUUGUUUUAAUUUUUUUUUUAACUUUUUACUUAUUCUUUGUAGACAGAUUUUCCUUUUGGGGUCACCAGCUCACAAAGAAUGACAGAGAGACUUAUUAUGAAAGUUUGGCCAAUAGCUUGGGUUUGUGUCUAAUUAGCUCUUAUAGUUUAGAUUAACCCAUCGGCAUUAGUUUACUCUCUGCCUCAUGGCUUUAUUACCUCAUCUCCAUAAUGCCCAUCCUGCUGGCUCUGUGUCUGCCUGGCGACUUCACCAUCUUCCCAGCAUCCGCUGUGCCUGGAAAUCCUGUCUAGCUAUUGGCCUGCUGUGGGACAAUAGUCUGUACCUUGUCAAUUGUAUUUUAAUAAAACGCUGAUUGGCCAGUAGUCAAGCA